AUGGUCCUGGCUCGGUUGGCUGCUUCAGCAGCCGUGCUGGCCAACGGAGUGUCGCAGAAGCUUGAGGUCUUUGGUCAUGCCCUGCACACUGGGCAGACCGUUCCACCACGCUGUGCAGAUCAGGCUGAGGAAGUUCAACAUCUCCUUUGGGUUGACUGGGCAUUAAAGCCGCCAGGACCAACGGCACACAUAGUCGAGAUUCACGUAGCCUGGCAUGCACCACUGCCCAGCGAUCCAGAGGAGCAGAGUAUCUUCGUCGCCCAGCUUCGAAGAAAAGACAACACUUUCUCACUCAAGGACAUUCAGCCGGUGAGGCUGUUCGAGACCGCUUCGCCACAGGAGGCACCUGCCAUUCACAUACUCCGUGGCGUGCUCGACAUAGUUUUCGAUGUGGACCGAGGGGACGUGCUCGGCCUGCUGGAGUCCUGUGAAGGCUCCAGCCCCUUGUCGGCACCGUGGGCGGACUCAGGUGAAGGCGCAGAGACCCAGCCCUGGGCAUUGGCAUUCACUGUGGUGGGUGACCUCCUCCCUGGCAUGGAGGUCACGCUAGCAUCAGCAGCUUCUGCGAUGCCUCCAGCGUGGGCCUUUUCUUUCCACGCGCCAGAUUCAGGAGGUGCUGGCCAGGUGCGGUCAGGUUCGGCUCUGCAGUUGUUGGCGCGUGUUCUGGAGGAGGCAAAAUGCUCAAACGAAGAUAGUCUUCUGAAGAAUCUACGGAGCUUGUCGAGCUGUUCCUGGGUGCAGGACUAUCCAACUUACAUCCUCCAUACAGGGCGCUUGGAGGGCGCGACCGAGAAGGAGCUGCUCAUGUGGAUGGAUGUCGUCCGAACAGCUGCUUUGCCUGGUAUGGACAUCCGCUUCAUGGAUGUUUCAGACGACUUCCAAAGCGUGAAGUUUGGAGAUGGGCAGGUUAAGUUAGACCGCUUCGACUUGAUGUGGAUGGAUGCGACACGUCCAGACUCCCCGCGCAUACGAAAAGAGAAGCCGCGCCGGCAUCAGGCAGGAUACCGGCACAUGUGCCGCUUUCAAAGCGGGAAUGUGUUGGAACUCCCUGCAUUUUCGCGGAUGCGGUACCUGCUGCACUUGGAUUCGGAUGCAACUUUUCAUUGCCAAGGAUCAAGCAGCGUGGAUCCCUUCAAGGAGAUGAUCAAGAGCAGCUCCGUGUACGGGCUCUUCGAGGUUGGACUCGAAGAUCCUGCGUUCACAAAGGGGUGGUCAGGCUUCGUGAAGGAGUGGGCUUUGCUGAAUGACUUGCGGCUUCCCAACCCCGUAGCCGUGCUGUCGACGGCGGGAAUCAACAUCACUCGUUCUGUCGAUGAAGAUGGCGUGGAGCAGAUGGUGGAAGCACCCCUUGACCCACUCGCACUUACCUGGGGCACGGCCUGGGAGGUGCUCGACCUGGACUUCUUUUCUCGGGCAGACGUCCAAGAGUUCAGCCGUCGCGUGGAGGCUUCGCUAGGACACUACAGGCAUCUUUGGGGUGACCACCUGAUCCGAGCCUAUCAGGUUCUUCUUCAUGCGCCACUUGAGAGAGUCCGCUGCUUCGAUGCUGGAGAGCUACCUGGCAGUCAUGGCUGCACUUCGGACGGCACGUUCGAUGCAGAGGUUGACGGUUGGGAGAACGUCUACUACGUGGAAGAGGACCUAAUAUGCCCAAAGCUUUGGCUGGAGAGUGGCCUGACAGGUGUUCCCUGGCCGGGAGGACCUGGAAGCGGGACAUCUCCAAAGGACUGCCUUCGGCUCUGCAAUGGGGACAGCUCGUGCCAGGGCUUCGACUUCGCCUACUCUUCAUCGACUCAGACCGUCGACUGCCUGCUCCGACAUGGGCGGGCUUCAAGCAAGGUCUGCGAAGCAGGUGGCAUCGAGGGUGCUGCACUGGCAGCUUGGAUCCAGCUCGGAUCGGACAGUGCGCUCAUCACGCAGGUUGGAGCCGCAAAUCGCUACGAGCUCACAGAGAAGAGCGUUCGAAGGCCAGCACAGUGCACCAAGGGCAGUUGCAGCGGCGACAUCUUUCUAUGA